AUGCCAAAUAACCCCAGCUCGCAAACUAAGAUCGAUCAUACAUCCAAUUCGCAGCCGAUGACCGAUGAUAUCAGAGCAAUAGGAAUUGAAAGUGAGACGUCUGAUUUUAUUGGUACUCACACCUCCAAGACAGAUGCCGCUCGAGAUCCUAUUGUCCUCGAAACCCCAAUUGAUGAAACUAAAUUUUGCCCAAAUACACCCAGCACGCCAAUGAGCCCGACCAAACCCAAUCCAGGACUCACUCCACUCAGCGAAGAAACAACUAGCCCGACCACGGAAAUCACUAGAGAACUCUCAGACUUCAAGCCUUUCGAUAAAUUUCCGCCCGAGUUGUUGAUGCGAACAUUUGAGUUCCUUGACGGAAGAAGCCUGGCAACUGCUGCCCGUACCUGCUUUACGUUUUGCCAGGUAGCGACUCCGAUUAUCCUAUCCAGCUUGAGACUUGAGGUCUUUUCUCAGGAUGACGAGUAUAUUGAUACAGUAAUUAAAGGUGUUGACGAAGAGGAGCAUCGAAAGUACACUACAAUUCUUCAAGAUCUCAAUGGCCUCAGGAAUUGUCUCCGACACUUGAGUUACCGAGUUAAGAAGGGCGUUGUUCUAGACCAAGACCUUGAGAAUGAAUUUCGAGACGAGACUCUGCAGCUCAUGGUAUUCACACCUACCUACAUUACAGACUUAGAAACAGAAGUCCAGCUCUUCGAUAUGAUUGUGGACAUAAAAAUCCCCUUGCGACUGAAGAAACUUACAAUUUUUUUCGAUAGCUACCAGAACGAGGACUCUUUCCUUGAUAGGAUCGAGAUUUUCGAUACCGAAUUUCUCCCAAAAAUGGAAACCGUCAAGGAAAUCCAGCUCGAGUGGAACUUUACCGCCCCACGAGACACCCUGAUGGACACUUUCUUGAUACUCGUAGCCAUUUGGGCUGAAUUCUUAGACGCUGUGCCAAACGUAGAAGUUGUUACUCUCAGAUGUCUUCCGGAAAACCCAGCGUCCAAAGGCCCCCGCCCGGUCAAUGAUCCCAUCCCACAAACGCUUCCGCGGAGAAUCAACCAUGUCAUUAAUUUGAUGGAAAACGUGACAUUGAGAGAUAUUAAGUCCCUCAAUGUGGCAUUGGAUGCUGUUGUAUACGACCCAAUAUACAAAUUUACGAAGGAAGACCUUAAAGACACAAUGGUCUCGCCAAUUUUUGAAAUAACUCAAGCGUCGAUUUUCCAGGUCCUAAACAAGUUUCUCAGUCGUCACAGACACCAAUUGAAUUCCUUUUCUUGGUCUAGAAUACCAGGGCAGGAAACCUCAAGGGAUAGGUUUAGAGAACCUUUAAUUGAACCUUUGGCGACUGUACAGGGAACGAAGUCACUACGAUUCCACAUGGGAAAAAUGAACGCUGAUAUUAUGGAAACGCUCUUGGGGGAGCAGUACUUUGCAAAUAUAGCUACAGAAAAUUGGUCAUCACUAAGGUUUCUUGAGGUAGGCCACGCAGUUGCUACUAAUAAGUGGUGUCGCUGGCUCGGGAAGUUCACCAAGAAUUUCGUGGGUGUUGAGACUCUGAAGCUCGUGGCGUUGCGCUGUGACGAUAUCGAUAACAACAUGGCAGUUUGGACUGUACUUGGAUGUGAGAGCAUGACUGACUUAGCCGGUAUUCUGCCAAAGAAACUGCGAGAGAUGAUAGUAGAUCUUCGCUAUCAAUCAACUAACGAUCAAGGUCCCGAGUACAUCAAAGAUGAACCAGUCGCAAUUUUCGAUUUAUUUGGAAAACUCCCUUACCUCAACACCGUUGAUAUAGCUCGCGGGAUCAAGAGGGGAGAUAUAUGCCAAAGGCUUUCAUUCAAACGCAAUUCACAAGAUCUUUCUAACAGUGCUCCGCAGAAAGGAAUUUCCUACCACCGACUAGGACUCGCUCAUCCAAACCUUGGAGCUACUCACCAAAACCAUCUAAAGUGCAUAGAAAAUCUCGAAGUUCCUCUUGACAGCAAAAUUCAAUUCCAUGGCCCGGACGCUCUGAAUUAUGGGAGCAUCUUGAGGGAACACGAACAAGAAAUCAAAAAAUGUACUGCGGGGGGAGUCAACGGUUGCGUUUAUCUUCUGCAAGACUUGUGGCAUUGUCGCCCAAUCGACUUUUAG